AUGUUGCCAGUUGGUCCUAAGACAUAUCUCCUUUUUUUUGUACUCAACAUGAUGUUCAGCUGUCCACAAAACACCGUUGAAGCACGUAAUGGCACUGUGAUCACAGCUUGUAAUGACACUACCGUUGAGGCAUGUAAUGGCACUGUGAUCACAGCUUGUAAUGACACUACCGUUGAGGCAUGUAAUGGCACUGUGAUCACAGCUUGUAAUGACACUACCGUUGAGGCAUGUAAUGGCACUGUGAUCACAGCUUGUAAUGACAACGCCAACUGUGUUCAGACAUAUGAAGAACUCUACAAGUCAUUGGGGUCAAGUAUCAAUUACUUCAACAUUUCACAGGCCUUAUACCCUGCAAAGUGGCUGUCAUCUCUUCUUGUCCAUGUGACAUUACAUGGAGCCAAUGGGAUAGAGAAAUGUAGACCAGCCAAGUACACGUGGAGUAUGUCAUGUUUGUUUGCUGCAUUUCCUGAAGAUGUCCUUGAAGUUCUAUCCCUCUGUUCAAUUCUUGUGACCCCUAGGACGCAGAAAUUAAAGAUACUGAUCAGACCAUUCUGUUGUAAUGUGUCGCAGGAGGAUCGUGUGACAAUGAUUGACACUGUACUAGCAGCAGUAAGUAACAAGGUUGUCAAUUACAUAAACUUAAAUAUUCUUUUUUUCCAAUUUGCUGUGGGAGGGAAGGAGUCCACAUUGAAAACUAGUGAUAUAAAAAUGUUUACUUAUCAUUAUGUUGUCAACAAUAAAUUUGAAACUCUACCUCUCAUAAAAAGCUCCUCCAUAUGUAAGCUCCAAGGGUGGGAGGAGAAUGACAUAUAUAUUAUUGGAAAUAUUUGGGAAUUGCCCUCAAAUACAGUACUGUAUAAUCAGAAGAGUACAAGAAUCAUUUAUAUUAAUUUUUAUUCAUUUACAUAGGUUUCAAGGAUCUUUUAAUCCACCAUUUGACUUGAUAAAGUGUUAACUAUGGGAUGUUCUUGUGCUGCAAAUUGGCAAGAUGCAGCAGUAGAUGUCACUCUUAAUUAAGUCUCAUAAAAGCCAACUAGAUAGAGGGGAAAACAAAACAAUAGAAAUGCCUUUUAACAAAUCAGUUUUGCCAUAUUUCUGAGGAAGAAGUAUAAAGGUGUAAAUGAAUUACUGUGAAACUCAUAAAACCAUGAACACCAGAAAUACUUAUAGAAUGUUAUUGUGUUGAGAGAAAUAAGCCAAUAAGGCGCGAAAUAACUAAACCGCAAAUGGCAAUGGUAAUUAGGUUGUGGUUUUAAGGUUUGCUUUUGUAUCCUGAACUUUAUUGUGAUCGGGGGUUACUUUAGGAAUUUCGGGGUGGGGAUGUGCCGCUGGGACCUUGGAACCCUUAACCUAUACCAGAGCUAGUUCAGCUAAGUUUUGCUACCCUAUACUAGAGUAAACUCCCCAAAUCCCCCUAUCCUAGAGUAGCUGUUUCUUAAGUCUAGAUAAAAUCUUCAACCAACUGAUCAGUUUCCUGAAAAAUGAUACCCUAUUCUAGACCCAAAUGUUCUGAUUUAUGUACCUAUCCUAGAGUAAACUGCUUGAAAAUCAUACCCUUCACAGCGGCACAUACCUAUAUAGCCCAUAUAUGGCAGUACCCCCCCCUCCUCCCGGAUUGUGAUUGGCCAGUACAAAAUCAACAUUCCUGAAAUUUUUCAGGUGUUCACAGUUUUCUGAGUUUGAUGGUAAUAAUACUAUUCCAGAAAAGUAUUGACAGAGUUGCUCUCCAUAUUAAUUGCAGAUUUUAAUGUUUUUUCCCCAGGGGAAGGAGACUGGGGUACUAGGGUAUAAAAGUAAUGGGAACUAGGGGUGACUAAAAGCUGCACCACCAAUCAAGGUCCAGUCAUCCAAAACAUACCAAAAAAGUCCUUUCUUUUUUUCAUAAAAUGAACUUAAUACUUAUUGAUAACAUAGUUAAGUCAAAUAGGAGAAAUUACUUUAAUUUGCACUAAAACUGAAUAAUUGAAUAAUGCCAUAAGGUUUGUAAAAUUAUAUACACUUAGGAUAGGAAUUCUCAGGUUGUUUUCUCUGUGUAUAUGUAAGUUUGGGUACCUUUUCAUUUGCAUGUAGUUUAAGUAAUAUGUAAAUGAAACUCCUAGAAAUAUUGUUUGAUAUGAAAUGAAGAGCCUGGGUUAUGUGUUUUUUUUUCUUUCAUUCCCAAAUAGUUCUCACCAUAACCUUCCCCCCAAGGAAAAACCUACCAAAUUUCCAAGACAAAGAAAAGAAUCUUCAGUUUGUAAAUAUAUGCAGUAUUAACAAAAGAGAAGUCUUCCACCCCACAUUACCUUUAUACCUAACCUGUAGUAUCUCUUUAAUAGGAAUUUGCUACAUAGGUAUGGAUAUUAAACUUUUUGAAUUUUCAGACAAGCCUUUUUAGCUUUUUAGCACCAAGGCUUAACAGCUGAAUUAAAGCCACAGCUAGAUGCAGAUUUAAAAAGGGAGAAACAUUGGUUUGGUUUUCAUGAGGGAAUUAGGAAUAUGGACAUAGGUCUUAUUUAAAAAAUACCAUAAUACUCAUCAUUUUCCCUCCAACAUUUUGCUUAACCAUUGUUUCUAAUUUCUCUUGGGAAUUAUUAUCACACCAAGACAGACUGAUGUACUUCCUAGAAGGUAAAAAAUAGAUGUACUCCCUAGUAACUAAAAGUUGCACUUUUUUUACUUUUCUUUGGGUCCUUGCUAAAAAAAGGUUUGCAAGUUGAGGGGGAACACACUGAUUGUGACUUGUCACUAAUAGAUAUCACAAGUCUGAAAACAUCAUGUCGGGACCCCUUCCUUCAACUCAGGGACCAAAACUAUCAUGUGGGGGUAACAGGUUACUUUCACAUUUUCGCAAGUGUACAUGUAUAGUUUUUCUCACUUUUAUGGUUGCAUUAACAUUACCAUUUAUCCUGAUUAAAGGAUGCUUGUAUCACUCAUUCUCAUUGUCCAAAAACUUAUUAUUGUGCAGGAGUUUCUAUUUCUUCCUUUUGUUGCAAUAACCCCACCUAACACUUAUGCUUCGGGGAAAUGACUACCCUGUGAGCAAAGGUUUUCCUCUUGCAUGGCUUUUAACAUUAAUAACAUUAUUAAAAGUCCUUUGUGUGGCUUGUCAGUCAACCAACCAUGCGACAGGCAAGCCACGGGAAUAACUUCGUAAACGCUAACAAUAAUAAUAAUGACAAUCUUUAAUGAGGAUACCUACUUCACCCUAAAGUGCUUUACAGAAGCUUAUGCAAGAGAGAAACCUCUGCUUACAGGGUAGGAAAUGAAGGUGAACUGAGGCUAUGAACCACUGAAACAUUCAAGUUGGAAAGCAUUUACCCACUGACCUCUUCACAUUUCACCUCCUUCAUCUCUAGAGAAGAAAAUUGAAUUUUUAUGAAAGGGAUUUACAGCAAGAAGCCCUAAAGUGUGACCUCCUUUGAUUAACUCACAUUCUUUCAUGCAUACAUCAACCAAUCAGAAGUCGAGGACAGUGUCCAGCUGGAUUCUGAUUGGAUUAAAUCUGCACGAAAGAAUGUGAAUAAAUCAAUAGAGGUCACACUUUUGGGCUCCUUGCUGCAAUUGUCAUUGUCAUGUAAAUAAAGUUGAAAACCCCAAUUUUUUUUCUUUCAGCUUCAAGAUCUCACUGUCAGUCCAGGAAUACAGGAUCCAAGCUUAAACACAGCAGAGUGUGUCAUUAAGGGACAUGAACCGAACCUGACAGAUGCAGGACGUAAAUCUUAUAUACUAGCAACAAUGUGGCUCUCUUUUUGUUUCGCUUUCUUUCUUAGCCCUUGGCUGGCCAUUUAUACUCUCAUAUAUUUUGACAAUGUGAAACGUCAUGAAAAGGCCCUGUACAAUGCUCUAAAAUGGGUUUCAGUAACCAUGUUGAUAGUAGAGCUUGGACUAUUUAUUGCAGCUACUGUGUUAUCAGCCCAAAGUAAGGCUCCUGUUAAGUGCCAUAUUGUAUCAAUUCUGAUAAUAAUAAUGCUUGAGGGGCUGAUUGCUGGAGGUAUUUGUUUUCUUAAAAAAAUACCAGAGCUAAAAAACUGUAAAUGCGCAGUACUACAAGUUAUUAUCUUUAUAUUGGCAUCCAUGACCUCUUAUCAUUUUUGCUGGGUUGUUAUUGGGGUUUUGAUGAACGUAUUGUGGGGUGUUACAGUUUUUCUGUUUAUUUAUGUUGUCAUUGUUGUCCUCAUCUUGGUACUGUAUAGUUACUUUCGCACCAUUCAGCGCACUAACUUUAAAUCUGCCAUAUGUUAUCUGCCUUUGUUACUUCCUGUUGUGUCACUUGUUACUAUAGCUAUUUUAAAUGGGCAAUCAUUUUUUAGUGUAAAAGAUGCUACAGAUGGUAUAAUGAAAACAGUUAUUUUAUCAGUCAUUUCUGCAAUUAUGUCAUGGAUGCUCCCCCAUGGACGAAAAAAUCAGAUCAAUACGGACGACAGUCCAGUACGGAUGAAAACAUUCAGAAGACUGACGGUAUAGGUUUGUACUAUAUAAGAAACAAGAGCAAAGGUAAAUUAUUGAUCUUCAAAACACUGACACAUCACGAUCUUUUGCGAACCGAGUUCAACAAGAUGCCGUGGGAGCGUAUAUUUGGGCGUCGUUGUACUAGGCAUGCUUAGAGUUUUUUAUGUGUAUUAGGGAUGUGUGAGUAGUGCACUGCAGAAGCGUUGUAUAUUUUAGGGGUUGGUAGAGAUACGUGAAGUGGAAGACUUGGAGUUAUAUUGGACGUGAAUUGGUUAGAUAAUGGCUGUAGUUUGUUAAUCAGUGAAACUUGUUUCUCGUAGAAUUUAAUAUGAAGUAACAAAAAAAACUAUUUGGGGAGGUGAAAGUGAUUUUUGGUUUUGCAGUGAGGUAGUUGUGGAAGUGCAAAUUUGGUUAUGAAGGGAUAGUGUGUGAAAAGUCUUAUCAAUACUUAAAAACAUACUUGAUGUACUCACUUUAAACGUUGUUAGGCUUUCUGUUUAGGAUUCUUUUUCGCUUAUUUUUGAUAGUACAGUCGAAUGCUGAUAACUCGAGCCUUCAAGAGAAAUCGAAAAAAGUUCGAGUUAUCGGGAGCAAGAACCAAUUAGCCGGAAGUAAGGGAAAAACUAGUUUUUACUGUACAGUGAACAUUUUAAUCACAUUUAAUUGUAGAAAAGGUAGGUGAAAAUUGAAAGAUACUUCUGAGUGCGGGCUCAUUUUCCCGAACAGCGGCUGGUAAUCGAGCCUAAUCACAACGUAAACGCAACAAAACAUAGGCUAAGGCCAGGUUCAGACGCCGCACUUUUCAUGAGCCGAACCUAAUACAUUGAAUUAAGUACAUGAAAAGUUCGGCGUCUGAAUCGGGCCUUAAUAGAAUGUUUCGGACGCCGGCGCACUGUUUUUUUUCCCGACUUUUUAAAACGCUCAAAACAUGGUUCGAGUUAUCGAGGGUAAAAUUAUGUAGAAAUGAUCUGAGAGAAAACAAAAAUUACUUCGAGUUAGCGGAAGGAUCGAGUUACCAAGGGUGAAAUUACAGUAAAUGUAUGACGGAAAUCCCGAGUUAUCGGGAUUCAACUGUACUUGUAUGAAGAGAGCAUGGAUAAGGCCAGAAGUUCAUUUAACAUAGAAAAGGGGGUAUGAAGAUGUUGAGUGGGGGGGACUAAAAUUUUGUGUCUGAGCUCGGGGGCUUUGAAAAAUCGGUGAGGUCAAGGGGAGGGGGUAAAAUCUGGCUGUAGAACUAAAGGCCUGAUUAUAUGAGCCGGGUUGGUUCGCUUUGCAGAGAUCCCGGCACCUUAGUUAAACGCAAGAAAAAUCAACUUUGUGAUUAUAUUACAACCGAGCCAGCCCGGCUAGCUGGUAUCCCAGUAUUGUGAUGCCGGGAUCCCGAGUGGAAAUUUUCCAAGUAAUUACGCUUGCCGGGCGGCCCGGCGAAUGAACCAAGCGGGUAACACACUGUUCCUACGCAUUGCUUCCCCGGCUCGUGUGAUCAGGCCCUUACUGUGAGUUGUAUUGUCAAACAGUUUGCAAGUGAGGUUUGGAAUUUGCCACUUUCGUGGCUCGUGUAUGACAGAAUACGGUUGUUUACCAUUUACAUGGGCAAACCGGUCGGUCCGCGGUGGGCAAAUGGUAGGCAAAAUUCAGCACUGGUUAAUUUCGUCCCGCAAUCUCUUUUACCAUUUGUACAAAUCAGUUCCAUUUACCGAAAGACGACUGCGAACGCCUGAACUCGGUAUAAAAGAUGGCUUUGAAGUAAUGGAACACGAAUUUUCGUUUGGAAUAUUCCGUCCGGAAAAACAAGACUAUUCUUUCAGAUAUUCCGUUGCUCCCGGACAUUUUUCGAUGGAACGACCCAAAAAAGUCCUUUUCCAUUGACUUCCAACCGGAUUUUCCGGGAAAUUAGGUAAAUGGUAAACAACCUACGACUUAAUGUAAUUAACCCAAGGGUUUUAAAAAUAGACUGCGGUUUGCGCUUGAAGAUGUUUGUCCCUGCCCCUUUUACGGCUCAUUUUACGAGGUCAUUUUGCUCAAUAAGAUUUUAAGAAAUCGCCUCCUUUCCGAAAAUAUGCAAUGAAAUUGUACAUCAUUUAAUGUUACCCUUAAUAAUCUCGUGCACGAGAUCAUGGAAGUCUGCGUGACAUCUUCUUUGGCGCUCGAAAACUGAGAGCAAAAAUAGUGUCAAACUCUUGGCAAUAAGGCAAACCAUUCACACCGUGUGCUGCGAGGUCGAUUUUUUUCCAAAUGGACAGUUUAAACUAUAGUUUGUUUCACUCAGUGUACUUUGUUUUUUCUAAACAGUUUGUUUUCUAUUGCUGAUUUGUUUGCCGUGCGUUAUCUGUGGGUCGUAUGUAACGAAGAUAAAUGCUGUGUUGUGACACAGCGCGCGGCAGACAUUCGCGUCGCUUGGCUUGCUUACUUGGCUUGUCUACCUUCGCACGUAUUGCGUGCCUAUUGCAACUUUGAAUGAGAACGAGCGAACUCGAUUAGUCAAUUUGGGCGACGCCAAAAUAAUAAUACAAUAGAUCAGGAAACGUAGAGCCUCGUUUCCCAAAGAAAGAGACCGAACUGCUUAUGAACAGACCAUCAUCCGCUGGCGGUCAAUCUGCACGAAAAUAUUAAUUGAAUUAUAAUAACAUUAACUGGCUGUACCAAGACAGCCUUUUUUGUACUAUAGAUAGAUAAUCCGCGAUAAAUAAUACGCCUGGC